GGGUUAAAGCGGGACGGGCGGGCGGGCCCGGCGCCGUGGGGGUCGCCGCCGGGGGCAGCCCGCAGGCGGGUGUGGGGAUGCGCUGCGGCCGAGGGCCGUGCUCCGGGCGCGUAGGGAGGCUGCGGGGGUGAAGCCUCUGCUCCCUCGCCGGGCGGAAUGGAGGCUGUUGGCUCCGCAGAGGACGUGUUUUAUGAGGAGGAGGAGGAGGUGAGCUGCUACGACUUCGAGCCUCUGCCGACGCUGCUGGAGGAUGAGGAGAAUGUGUCCCUUGCUGAUAUUUUGUCACUGCGGGAUAGCUGUCUUACUGAGCAAGAUAUUUGGGCAAUUUGCCUGGAGUGUUGCCAUUCUCUGAAGAGCAUUGCCCAUUCUGCAAUCUUCCAGACGCUCUGCAUCACUCCUGACACUUUGGCUUUUAACACCAAUGGCAAUGUAUGCUUCAUGGAACAGCUCAGUGAUGAUCCAGAGGGUGCCUUUGUUCCACCAGAAUUUGAUAUCACCGGUAACACUUUUGAGGCACACAUCUAUUCUUUGGGUGCAACGUUGAAAGCAGCAAUAGAAUAUAUAGUAGAACCUGAGACAGAAUCAGAAUUUGGGCAAGAUCUGCAUACUCUGCUGGAACAAAUGCAAGAAGAGAAUCCUGAAAAUAGGCCAGAUAUUGAGAGCAUUUUGUCAUUAUGUGAAGAAAAACUGAAGAUUGCUUCAUCAAGUAAUAUUUGUCGAAGCCUGUCUGCUGUUGGAAGAAGGGUUCUUUCAAUUGAAUCAUUUGGUGCUUCUCAAGAUGUCUGUGAUAACAUGUGGAAGGGAAGAAUGUGUCAGAGAAGUUUGGGAUCUAAAUUAUAUUCAAAUGAGAAAAACAACAUAGCAGAUGAUUCGUCUGCAGUGGAAGAUGUGACAGCUGCCUGUCAUAAGGACUCUUCUAUAGUUACUAUGGUGACUGGCAGAGAAAGUGGUUUGAAGGAAAUGCAAAUUGAUCUGGAUAAUGAGAAAACUCAACAUUCUCAACCUGCGACUCAACCUAAAAAGAGCAAAGAAGACGACAAACAUGCAGCGUAUACUGACAGUUUUGCUAGUGUUGCUUUGGAUAUAAAAUCAUGUGUUAUUGACCUGGAGAGAGAUGGCAUUUUUAAGAAAGGUUCUUUGAGAAAAAUUAAAACAUUUCCAAAGCUACCACUUGAACCUGCAGAUACAAAUAACUUUUUUACUUCUGUAACCAACAGUGGACCACUAGCUAGGAAAAAUUACUUGCUAACACAAGAGUCACUACCUCUAGACAAUAAUAAUGAGGUUGCUUUUUCAAAGGGAAAUCUUAAUUCAUUUGCUAUUAGUAGUCCACCAAAAAUAGAACCAAAGAAUCACCAGGUUAAUGAUCUUCACUUAGAAGCUCCAUGUGUAUGCACACAGGUGUCUGGCAUGAAUCUAGAAGAACAUAUGUCACUUAUUAAUGGUAAAAAGAUAGGUUUUGCUUCAUCUGAUCAUAAAGAAGACUGUUCUGAUGCUACCUCUGAAAUGCCAAAUACAGCUGGUAUGCUAAAAGGCCCAAAUCAAUCAAUUGCUGGAGCAAAAAUGCUAGACAAUUACAUGGCGUUGGAAGACUCUUCUGAAACUUUUCAAGGGUCAAAUGAAAAUUCUUUACCACAUUUUAACAAGAUGGCUUCAGUGUUAACGACAAAACCCAGUGGGAACAGAUACGGAUCAAACCUAAUUAGGUCUCCAGAAUUAAGCAACGGUGCAAUGAGCGCAAACAAUAAUGAAGAUAAUCUUUGUGGAGGCAGAGGGUCAGAAAUCAAAAGUAAUGAGCAGUGGAUCUCUCUAAAAAUCCUGUUGUCCUGGUAUGGUAAACCUCUGAAAGACUAUGAACUCUGGGCAUUAUGUCACGAGUGUUUAUGUACUCUGCAGACUUGCAUUGAUUAUCCAGUGGUCUUAUGUUUGGACUCUGUGCUGAUUGACUGCCAUGGAAGUAUCCUCUUUGCUGCUCCAAAAGCUGAAGAAUCUUGUGAUAUAUUUUAUUUAGCUCCUGAAAUUGAAGAAGAGGAUGUGGAUACUGAGAAGGUCUGCGUUUAUGGUGUUGCCGCAGUUCUGUGGAUGGCUGCAAAAUACAGUGUUCCAUCAAGUCACAAACUAGCAUUGCCAAGAAAAUUAAAAAAACUUCUUCUGGAUAUGGCAAGAAAAAACCCUGAAGAAAGACCUUCUCUAGCUGAUGCAAUUAAGACAUGCAAUCAUUAUUUACUUGAACGAGGUAUAAACAGCAAAAAAAUUUUGGCAUUGUUGAAUAAAUCUGUCUUUAAGGCUGUUGAGGAAGAAGUAAUCUCAUCUCAAGAUCAUGUUGCUUUUGAAUUUAAAAAUGAAAGACAUGAAGUGGUCCCUUCAGAGUCAAGUCUAGGAUUUGUGCCUAUUACCAGUGAAAGUAAACUUGUAGCAGUUAAAGGACCGGUACCAUGCCAGAUUUCUCUAAAUUGUGAGAAAGCUACAUUACCUGUUGCAUUCACCUCUCCUGCAACUCACUUUAAGCCUAUUAUUCUGCAACAAAAUGCAAAUAUAACAAAAGAGGUUCACACACCAGUUUCUGAACAAUUCAAGAAAGAGACAGGAAAAGAAAAACACAUGGACUACAACAAAUCAGGAUAUAUAGAAGACUCUAAAAGCUAUGGUACUGAGGACACAGAUGUUGUUGAAACUGCACCUCAAAUACCUGAGUGCGAUUUACAAGUUCCAGGCCACUCAGCCCACAUAUCUUCAGAAGAGCAAAAGUCAGGCAAUGCAUUUACUUCUAUAGUUACAUUACCAUCGCCAUCUCAUUUCUCACAUACUCUACAGGGAAGGAACAUUUUACCUGAAGUUCCUUCCAGCUCCUUAGCUUGUCCUACAUCUCCUAAUUUUCUUCAUAUAAAUAACAUAAUUCUUAAACAGGACUCAGAGAAAAGAGUUUUGACAUUUGUACCAGUACAUUUAGCUGUAUCAGAGCAAAUACCAAAUAAACCUCUUCGUUCAAGAAUUGCUUAUGAUUGCUAUCAUAGUUUGCCAGUGCUACUUUCAAGUACUUUUGCAACUUAUAAAACGAGUACGCAAACAGAAAAUGAUGCCUCCCUUUGCAAAGUGGAAAAUCGCGAGACUGUUAAUACACAGAACAAGUUUGAUAAAAGUAACCCAGUUGUUCAAACCAACUGCCAAGAAAUUGAGUGUGCUACCAGCGUAGACAGUAUUUUCACUGAAAAAGAACACACACCAUGUACCUCAAUGAAUCAAGACAAUUCUCAUCUCUUUGAUGUUGAAGUCCUGACCCAGCAGAACAGAACAAGUGACACUUUACUACAGGAAGUGGUUCAUCUUAUACAAGAGGAGUUUGCAUUUGAUGGCUAUCUAGAGAAUGGAGUUGAAGUUUUUGAUAUGGGUACCUUCAUUUUAAACUUAAAGGAAAUUAAGUUUGGUAUGUUCUCUGAUACAAUUUGUGAGAAGUUUUGUGACCUCUAUUGGGAUGAAAAAUUACUGGAGAAUCUCUAUCAGGUAGUAAAUGGAGAAAGACCUUCACAUUUGUGCAUAACUGAGGCAGAUGAUUCAAAGUGUGGCAAUGUAUUCCAAGACCUGAAGAAAUCCAAUAGGUUUUUGGCAAGCAGUGAUCAGACAGAGGGAGAAGGGGAAGCAACCUUUGAUGUGAAGGCUGAGCCUAUGAUAAAUACAUCGGUAGCUGAAAUGGAUUUUGAUGAGUCACCUUCAAAUAAUAUCAAAAAAGAAUUGAGGCUGCAGAAUACUAUCCCCAUAGAGAAAGAGCGACAGUUUUUACAAAGCAACGGCUGUUGUAUUCGUCCAGGCUUUGCAGAAGAAACUACAGAGCCAGAGGAAGAGACCAUGAUAAAGAUAGCUGGAAACAGCUACCUUGUGUCUCCCAGUCUACCUGACUUUCAUGGCUGUAGUCCUGGUUGGAGCAGUGCAUUUUAUGGAGCUGAAUGUUUUAAUUCAGAAGUUCAUAGUUACAUGAAAAACCUUGGAAAGCAGAAAUCAAGUGAGUCACAAAAUAUAGAUGCUAAAAAAGUGGAACUAGAACAAUUGCUAAUGAUGGAGACAAAAAAUUACAGAAAGACCAUAAAGUUUUACCAGAAAUUAUUGCAGAAAGAAAGAAGAAGCAAAGGUCCUGAAACUAAAUCUAUGUUGUCCAAAUUGAGAGGACAGCUACAGGAGAUGAAAUCAAAAGUGCAGUUUCUUGAACUGGUGAAAAAAUACAUGCAGAUUAUGUAUGUAGAGCAGUGGGGUGUGGAAUCCUGUGUACUGCCUACAAUCAUUCACAAUGGGAGAACUGACACCGUGGAUGUGGCACCUACAGAUGAGCCGUCAUUGCUUCUUUACUAUAACACAGAGAAACACCAAUGUAAUAAUCAAAAUGGAAUAAGAGUUCUCCAGGCUGGUACACCACUUGGGUUAAUGGCUUAUUUAUAUUCUAGAAAUGCAUUUUUAGAAGGUUACGUACAGCAGUUUCUCUACACAUUUCGCUAUUUCUGCACACAAGAAGAAUUUUUGCAGUUUCUUCUUGAUAGAAUCAACAGCACUUUAUCCAGUGCAAGCCUGGAUCCUUCCACAUCACUUACCAAAAUAUGUAACCGCAGUUUCUACAUCCUGCAGGCUUGGAUUGAAGACUGCUACAGUGUAGACUUUGCAACAAAUACUGAUCUUUUGUGUACCCUAAAAGAAUUUAUUUCUUCCAAGGUUGCUCCAUUAAAUGGCUAUGGUGAGCGCUUGUUGUUAUUGCUUGAGGAUGUUUCUGCCAGGAAAAGUGGCAGUGCUCAUCAGUACUCCAGCAUGGACAGAUGUGAAGAGGAGGGCGAAGAAGACAGAAAAACAUUACAUUCUCUAUGUAAAAAGCUCUCAGAAGAUGUUUCUAGAAAGAACUUUAACUGGAAACUUUGCAAAGGUAUGGAACCAAUUGCACAAUAUCAGAGAGAGCGACUGUACACUAUGUCAUCAGUUUUGCCAAAGCCAUGCUAUAACAGUUUUACAGAAGAAUUCCCAGUCUCCUUUGCUAAAGCAGAUGAAGUGGGACCAUAUCUCUUAAUAGAAUACAGUGCGCAACAGCUUUGUUGUCAGCUGACAUUACUGCAACAGGAAGUAUUUCAUAAAUGUCAUCCAGUACACUUUCUAAAUUCAAGAGCACUUGGUGUUAAAGAUAAAUGUGUUGCUGUCCAGAAAGCUGUUUCCACUGAGGCAGUUUCACUUAAAGUCUGUAAUCUGUUUCUGUCAAAGUGCAUACAAGACCAGUAUCUUCUACAAUUAUUAAGAAAUGCAGACAGUAUCAGCACCUGGGUUGCUGCUGAAAUUGUAACAUGUCACACAUCUAAGCUGCAGGUGAGCUUGUUAUCCAAAUUUCUUCUUAUUGCAAAAUGCUGCUAUGAACAAAGAAAUUUUGCUACUGCAAUGCAAAUCCUAGCAGGCUUGGAAAAUCUUAUUGUACGACAGUUACCAGCCUGGAAAAUUUUACCUGCAAAAGUAGCUGAAAUAAUGGAGGAACUCAAGGCUGUUGAGGUGUUUUUAAAAAGUGACAGCUUGUGCUUGAUGGAAGGAGAAAGAUUCAAAACACUUCCAACAAUUCCAUCAGCCCAUGUUUUGGCUAUGCACGUCCAACAACUUGAAACUGGAGGAUUCACAAUGACAAAUGGAGCUCACAAGUGGACAAAACUUAGAAAUAUUGCAAAAGUUGUGAGCCAAGUUCAUGCAUUUCAAGAGAAUCCUUAUACAUAUACACCAGAUUUCAAACUGCAGUCUUACCUCAGGCAAAGAAUAACUCAUUUUAAAGAUGCAGACAUUUCUGCCUUGGCAGCUGACAACUGUGCCAACUUCCAUCAGAUACCAGCAGAAAAACAUUCUCGAAAAAUUCAAGACGCACUGCGCAGAAUGAAGGCAACCUUUCAGUAAUUAUUUACAUUUCAUCUGUUCUAGUCCAAGUGUAGGUUGUAAAACUGGGUUAAGCUGACGUUAUCUCCUGGACCAAUUCCCAAGCAAAUACUUAGGUGAAGUGACUUAAAAUAAUAUCUCAAGUUGAAAUGAUGUAUUUCUUAACAUGGAAUUAUGAAAUGCUGACUAAUGAAAUUUGAAUCCCUGGCAACUGGAUGACAGAUCAAAAGAGUAAAAAUAAAGAUAAAAGUAAAGAGAGAGUAUAGGUGAAAAGGAUGAUUAAUUUUGUCACUGUUCUUUAGCAUAAAAAAAUAAUUAGCCCACAAACAAAUAUCUAAAAAAUACUGUGGAAAUAAGUUAAAAUUACAGCUUCUGUUACAAAGUUGGCCUAGGAGAGGUCAAAGUAUAGUUCAUUAAAUGUUGAAUAUAUUUUUUAUAUAAACAUAGGACACUUGUAUCCUGUCACACUGUGCAUAUAAUUCAGGGACACAGAUCCUCUGCUAUCCUUUGACUGUUGGUGUGUCUUGCUUUUAUGUUGUGUAUUAUGAAAAGUAUAAUUGACUUAAAUAAUUGGCCAUCUUUUUCUUCAAGCAUACUAAGGAAGGAGAGGAAUGUCAUGCUGCAAUUUUUUUGUUUGUUUGUUUUAAAGUCAUCAAACUAACCUGUUUCCAAAUGAAAGUAAGAUCUGAAUCUAAACAUUACCACUUUGUUGCUCUGCUUCUGCCACAAGGCCUUGUGAAAACAGUAAAUGUGAAACUGCUUUUUUUUUUUCUGUAUUUGGCACAAUAAUCACCUUGCCAAUUUGUGUACAUAUGUGUGUGUGUGCAUUUGAUUAUGGCUUUUGCUCCUGAGGUUGCUUUUGUAGCUUGCAGUGCUCCAGCAGCAGUAAAUAGAAGAUAACUGUGUGAAAUUUGGAUCUGCAAAUUGUAAAAUGUUGGUGCUAAUCUAUUUAUAGAGCUUAUACUUACAAGAACUUCAGUGAAAUGUGAUGCUAUUGCUAGGAAGUUUGUUGAGCUACCCAGGUUUAUGCAAAGCCAAAAUGUUAAGGCUACAAAUUAGUUACACAUACAAGUAUUUCUACCAGAGGGAACAACAGUGCUAUUGGAAGAGAAGUGGGGAAGGGCAAGAAACAGCUAAAAUGAGCCCUGUCCUGAAAGUGAUUUGCUAGAACUGUGUUUAAAAAAAAUGAAAAACAAAAUGUUUCGAGAGAUGUGAAGAGCAGAUGUGAACUAACUGUCUUGGCAUGUUUUAGUGGUGGAGGAAGAUAAUGACGUAAGAAAUGGGAAUGUGCAUAUCUCUAGUAUUUUGCAAAUUGUACUAUUGUAUUUGACAGAAAUGCAUGUGCACAUGUUAAAUUCCAGAUUUUUCAAUGUUUAAGAGGAAAGCUUCUCCUUUUCUCUUGUCAAUAAUGGCAAUAUAUACAUCACAGGCCACCUGCUUCUCAUCUUGCUCAGUCAAAUACAAGGUAUGUCCCUACUUUCCAUUAAAUACCUCAGUUACUUUUUCAUACUAAUAUAUUAAUACCAGACUAACUUUUGUGCUCUUACUGGUUUAAAAACUGGAGAACUCAGUCCUCAGCAGAGUUUUCUUGCAUUUGUUCUACUAUUAAGAUGAUUUAUUUUGUUAUUUACCAUAUGUAGGUUUAACAUGUCAUUAAUUGUAGUAUUCUCACCCUUAAGGAAGUAAAAGGUGUUGCUUUUCUCUAAAAAUUGCCAAAUGUGAAAACAUUUAGUCUUCACCUCCUGUAUUUAUAUAAUACAGUGAUUUAAGAAUGUUAAUGAUAACCUUAUCUUCAGACAUACAUUUCAGAUAUUUGAUCUAUAUGCAUUUAUUUUAAAGAAUUGUUUUUAUUAGUAGUUAUUUGUUUUUUUCUCAAUUAAAAAAUUACCAUUCACUUAAAGCCACGCCUUGCCUUUGAAAGACAAUAAAAUUUAAAGUAGCAUAAGCUUUACAAAUGUAAGGAACUCCACAAAACUUGCUAAUCACAUGAUCUUAAUAAAUUCAUUUUAUAUAGUUGCCAGUCAGCCCGUUGAAAUUGCUUUUGUGGAUUUAUUUAGCAUUUAUAUUUUACACUCAUGAUAAUUAGCUCAUAUAUUUCUUACAGCUUUAUCAGGAUUUAAAGCAACUACUACAUCUGGAAAAUAUUAUGUAUAUUCUAUGACAAUAACUGGUGCUAUACAAAAAUUUAAAAAUAGUAUCAUGUCUUCUGUAAAAUGCUUCAGUCUAUCAGACCUUAUAUUGCUAUAAAUGCAUAGUAUUGAGUUAUGGUACUACUUUGGGGUCUUUUCAUCAAUCAGAUUUUGUAUUUAGACAAGAUUUUGUAUUUGGACACCACCCCACAACAACAAAAAGUGUAAAUAGCUAUGGG